AUGGGCUUUGCGAACCUCCUCCUCCUCCCCCUCGAAACUGGCCUCAUCCUUCUCGUCGUCUAUCUCACGAUCAAUGAGAUCGUCCGGUGGAAGGCCCGUCUAAAGGGUCUGCCGGGUCCGAGAGGAUUGCCUGUCGUGGGGAAUCUCCCUCAGGUAUCAUCCAGAACUGUAUACUACUGUCCUGAGCACCUUCUCCGCCGAGCAAUACCGACGCUGGGCCGAGCAGUACGGCCCUGUGUACCAGGUCCAGCUGGGCAACACGCCGGUCGUCGUCGUCAACACUGCCGCCGCAGCCAAAACGCUGUUUCUGGCGCAGAGCUCUGCGCUGAACUCGCGCCCGCUGUUCUACGUCUUCCACAAGCUCGUCAGCAAGAAUGUCGCCAGCAUUGGCACCAGUCCCUGGAGCGAGAGCUGCAAGAACAGACGCAAGUUGGCGGCUGCGGCGCUGAAUCGGCACAAAGUGCAGUCAUCUUCCUCCGCGAGAGCAGGGAGUUCAUCCAGGAGCUGCUGCGGGAAUCGCAAGACGGCGCCCGCGACGUCGACUUUAAGCCGUUUGUGCAGCGGCUGUCGCUCAACCUGGUCUUGACGUUGAACUACGGGACUCGCGUCGCCAACACAAAAGACCUCACGGGCGACCCGCUCUAUGCCGAAGUCAUCGAGGUCGAGCGCGAGAUCUCGACGCUGCGGUCGACGUCCAAGAACCUGGCCAACUACAUCCCGCUGCUGCGCAUCAUCGAUCCGAUCGUGUCAUGGCUGGGAUUCGCCAAGUCUGCCAAAUACUCGGCGCAGAUCGGCCAGCGGCGGAUUGCGUACAAUAACGAGCUGCUGCGCCGGCUGCAGGAGGAGGUGGCGAAUAAUACCGACACGCCGUGUCUCCAGAGCAGCGUGCUGCGGGAUCCUGAGUCGGUCAGUCUGACCAGGAAUGAACUGUUGAGUAUUAGUUUGAGUAUGAUGGCUGGCGCGGACAGCACGCAACCCACCCUCGCCUGGGCAAUCCUCUUGCUCGCCCACCGGCCCGACAUCCAGCAGAAGGCAUACGACGCCAUCCAGCGUGCUGGCGACGACGCCUCUGGCACCAGCGAGAUCGACUACCUCCGCGCCCUGGUCAAGGAGAUCAUGCGGUUCUACACGGUUCUACCGCUGGCCAUGCCGCGGCAGACGACGGCCGAGGUGCAGUACGAAGGGUACACGAUCCCAGAGGGGACGAUAGUGUUUCUGAAUGCGUGGGGGUGUAAUCGAGACCCAGAAGCAUUCCCUCAACCAUGGACCUUCCAGCCCGAGCGCUGGCUCGGCGACUCCGACACUCACAGCCACCAGUUCGCCUUCGGGUACGGCUCGCGCAUGUGCGUCGCCUCGCACCUGGCCAGCCGGCUCGUGUACACGGUGCUGCUGCACCUGCUGGCCGAAUUCGAGAUCCGGCCUGCGUCCAGCGACGGCGAUGGCAAGCCGGAUCCACACAGCAGCACGAUCGAUCCCAUCCGCGGGUUGAAGGAUCCGACGGCGCUGACGGCGGUUCCUGUUGCGUCCAAGGCGAGGUUUGUGCCAAGAGGGCGUAGUGUGCGAGAUUACGCCGUAGGUAUUGAGCAGUGA